AGGAAAGAAAAAAGACAGAAGUAUUGUUUUUAAACACUUUUUUUCCCCCGCAAGAGGGCCAGGGCUGCUGCAUAGCCAGGAUAGCGAUAAAAGGGCUGGGGCUGCUUCGAGGGGCGAGGACGGAGGAAGUGCCAAAAUUACAUUAUUUAGACUUCGUUUAAAGAGCCCAAUAACUUGUUCUGUGCAAACAGUGGCUUGAAAACUGCAGCCUGCAGAGCAUGGUCCCCUCCCCCUCUGCAGCUUUCGGCUAGGACCAGGGCGUGUGGGGUCUAGCUGGGGCAGCGUGUGGAGCAUCUGGAGCAGAGGUCUCGGAGCACCAUGCACCGGGGAAAUCUCAAGCUGGUGGCCUUUGCCUGCGUGACGGUGGCUUUCUGGGCGGAGGGUGGCCAGCGGAGGGCGACAGGUGGCGGGAGCAGGCGGCGAUCCCACCGGGUCCAGCAGGGGCAGUGCAGUUACACCUUCGUCCUGCCCGAGGCCGAUCCGCAGCCCUGCCCGCCGACAAGGGCGACCCUCCGUGCCAACACGCUGCAGGGGGACUCGCCCGCCGCCACGCUGCAGACCCACAACUGGUCCGCACAGCGCGUGCAGCAGCUGGAGAGGGUCCUGGAGAACAACACCCAGUGGCUGCUGAAGCUGGAGAGGUACGUGCAGAUGAACGUGAAGUCGGAGAUGGUCCGGAUCCAGCAGAACGUCGCUCAGAACCAAACAGCCACCAUGCUGGAGAUUGGUACCAGCCUCUUGAACCAAACGGCGGAGCAGAGCAGGAAACUGACGGUUGUGGAAGCGCAGAUUCUGAACCAAACCGCACGAAUCGAGAUCCAGCUGCUAGAGAAUUCCUUGUCCACCAACAAGCUGGAGAAGCAGCUGCUGCUGCAGACGACUGAAAUUCACCAGCUGCAGAACAUGAACAAUGUCCUAGAGAAGCGGGUGCUGGAGAUGGAGACCAAGCACCAGACAGAGCUGGAAGGGAUCCGCACGGAGAAGGAGAAGCUGCAGCGCCUAGUGAGCCGCCAGAGCCACACGAUUGAGGACCUGGAGAAGUCCCUCCACGCUGCCAACAGCAACACCAGCUUGCUCCAGCAGCAGCAGCUGCAGCUCCUCGAGUCAGUCCAGAGCCUGGUCCAGCUGGUCUCCCAGGGCAAAGCUCCCCUCGUGCAGGAAGAGCAGGUGCCCCAGGACUGUGCUCAGAACCGCCGAGCCGGGUUUAACGCCAGCGGGAUUUACACCCUCCGCGUCGCCAACAUGACGGAACCCAGGAAGGUGUUCUGCGAUAUGGAGACAGACAGAGGCGGGUGGACGGUGAUACAGCGCCGAACCAAUGGCAGCGUGAAUUUCCAGAGGAAGUGGAAAGAAUACAAACAGGGCUUUGGAGACCCUGCCGGGGAGUACUGGCUGGGGAACGAAGCUGUGCAUCUCCUGACAAGCCAGGCGUCCUACUCGCUGAGAGUGGAGCUCCUGGACUGGGAGGGAAACCAGGCCUACGCCCAUUAUGAGACGUUCCAGCUGGGCAGCGAGCGGCAUCUUUACAGGAUCUCCCUGAAGGGCUACAGUGGAACUGCUGGGCAGCAGAGUGGCAUUGUCCUCCAGGGAACGAACUUCAGCACCCGCGACUCGGAUAACGACAACUGCCUCUGCAAGUGCGCCCAGAUGCUGUCGGGAGGUUGGUGGUUUGACGCCUGUGGUGUGUCGAACCUGAACGGCAUCUAUUAUCCUGCCAAGCACAAUGUCCGCAAGCUCAACGGGAUCAGGUGGCACUAUUUCCAGGGGCCCAGCUACUCUCUAAAAGGCACACGCAUGAUGAUAAGGCCUUCAGACUUCUAGCGCCCCAGAGCGGGGUGAAGCAGAGGGCAAGCCAAGCUGCAGGCCUCCGAACUGGCAGGCAACAGCCCAUCAUGGAACGGGCAGGACCGUUAGACCAGCCACAGAUGGCAAAGGAUCAGGGACACAUCCUAGCAGAAGCAGGGCCCUUGUAACCCAACGCCUGGGACUCCAGAGCAAGGGAAAGGAGGAAGACCUGGAGCUAAGUGGAGAGAUGACUCUGGGCCUGGACUCUUGGGCCUCCCAGGAGGAGACGAAAGAACAAUCAGAAAAAAAAAUCUAAAAACUAAAC